AUGUCGGUCCUCUCUCGAUACAGGGAGUUCGUCGAGAAAAACCCGAUCGCUGCGAAGCAGGUCGAGGCAGUGAUCGAACUUUUCACCUUCUGGCGAGUACAUGGAGGCUGGGAGAUCUUCAAUGAGGGCAUGCGAGCGUCGGCGAAGCUCGUGCAGCUUGCCCACGACAUCAUUCUCAGACGGCAUCAUGCGCUUCCGAUAAGCGCAGUGCAGGUAGUUUCGACCCUGAAGACCAUUCUCCAGGCCUUAGACUAUCUCCAGUGUUUCCUGGAAAAGAUCACUUUCUUUGCGAGCGGCGACGCGUACCGGUGGUCGAUGAUUGCUUUCAUUCAGACGGCGAAAACCGUGAUCCGCGCCGUCCUCCUGUUCCACUUCAAACAAGGAAUGUCAAUGAAAACUCCCGUACCGCCCUUGGAGCGCGGCCAAGACCUGGAAUACGCCUCCAAGUUGCGGUCUCUCCGCCACAAGAAGAGAGCUCAGGCGACCUUCACCUUGAAAUCGGGACGCGAGGUUCGGACGCUGGCGGCCACGCCCCCGCUGAAUGAACGGCGUUGGUGCGAAACGAAGAAAGUCGACCCCAUGGAGCAGAUGGAAGAGAAGUUCUCAUUCGUGCCGACCGAACUCCAGGGACCGCAGCUCAUCGGCGAGGUUAUGUACCUUAUGACGCCAAUGGCGCACCUCUUCGCCAUGAAACUUUUCGGGACGAAGUCGUGGAAACCUUUCCUCAUCGCUCUGGGAAUGGACGCAUUGAGCAUACAGCAAAUGCAGCAGGGCACGAAACAGCUCCAGAAACCAGAGAAAAUCGAGCUCUCCAGAAGAGCACGGGGUCUGGCCGAGUACUCCCUGCGAGCUCCUCUGUACGAGACGCAUGUGAAAUCGAAACUUCAAUCAUUGAAACAGGGCAUUUUCGACAUGUUCCCAUUCAUCACUUUCCUCGACCAAUUCGUUGAAUACGAGCUCAACGAAUUAGAAACAACCUACUUCAGGACGUGGGGGAGCCACUGA